AUGGAACUCCGGCCGCACCGAGCGGACGGUGAUAUUUUGGAGACGCCUGUGCCUGCAAAGGCCGAUAUCAAUCUCGUGGAGAGCAUAGAGACUGGCAUCCCUUCCAAACAUGCCGAUAUAGUGGCCUCCCGUCUCUCCAGGUCUCAUAGGGACUUCCUGAUGGAGCAUCACGGCACACUGGAUCUCGACCCUAUUCCAAGCAUGGAUCUUGCAGACCCUUAUAAUUGGCCCGCAUGGAAGAAAAUGGCGAACCUGAUCCUGGUGGCUUUUCACGCAUGCAUGGGAACGUUUGCUGCGAGCGGAAUCAUUCCAGGCUACAGCAUCCGCCCAAUGAAGGUCCAGUUGCUGAUGAGGCAUUUCAACAGCAUUGCGGAGGACUUUGGCGUCUCUAUCAACAAAGCGAGUUACCUUACCUCUCUUCAGAUCGCGAUCCUGGGCGGAGCACCAUUGUUCUGGAAACCCUUGUCUCAACGCUACGGACGACGCCCCAUCUUUUUGCUGUCAUUAAUGUGCAGCUGUGUCUGUAACAUAGGAUGUGCCAAAAGCACCAAUUAUGCAUCAGUCGCUGCCUGUCGAGCCUUACAAGCGUUUUUCAUUUCCCCGGCUUCCGGUAAGUCUUGUGUAGACGCAGAUGAGGAAGGUUCUCGGCUGACUACUGUGACAGCCAUCGGAAGUGCUAUUGUGAUGGAAACAACUUUCAAGAAGGAUCGCGCCAAAUACAUGGGAAUCUGGACUCUAAUGGUCACAGUUGGCAUUCCUUGCGGUCCAUUCAUCUUCGGCUUCGUGGCGCACCGUGCUGGUUACGUGUGGAUUUACUGGGUGCUGGCAAUGAUCAAUGGCGGUCAGUUCAUUCUGUACCUCUUCUUCGGGCCAGAAACCCGCUACAUCGGCGGCGACGAAAACCCGAAAGAGCCCGCCUGGAAACGAGAGUACCUUUCUUUGCGACGAAUCGAUCUAACUCCUUUUAUGUGGUAUGAGUUUGUCAAGCCUUUGACGAUGGUCAUGCAACCAUGCAUUGCCAUACCCGCAGCGGCCUAUGCCAUGGUCUUUUGUCUAAGCAAUGUCUUGGCCACAGUUGAGGUACCAACGCUUUUGGAACGCAGGUGGGGGCUCAACCCAGAACAGCUGGGACUACAGUUCCUUGGUCCUAUUAUUGGAUCAGUACUGGGAGAGCAACUUGGUGGCAGGAUGUCCGAUCUAUGGAUGAGACAGCGAGAGCGCAAGACUCGUAAGAGGCCUGAGCCGGAAUACCGCCUGUGGCUCAGCUAUAUUGGGUACUUCCUAUCCAUUGUCGGCCUCAUUGUCUUCCUUGUAUGUACCCAAUUGUCCGGGAACCGCUGGGAGGUUGCUCCUAUCAUCGGCAUCGCCAUUGGCGCCGCUGGCAACCAGGUCGUGACCACAGUGCUCAUUACGUUCGCUGUCGACUGUUAUCCCGAAGAAGCCGGAAGCGUUGGCGUUUUCAUCACGUUUGUUCGGCAGAUUUGGGGAUUUCUCGGGCCGUUCUGGUUUCCGGCUAUGUUCGAGAAUGUCGGAGUUGCUGCCAGUGCUGGGGUCGGCUGUGCACUGAUUGUAGGAGCCAGUGUCGUCCCAACGAUCAUCGUUCACUGGCAAGGCAAGAAAUGGCGUCCCAGCCAGUGA